CUUCCUAUAAAAUAUGCAGCAGCAUAAGCUGGGUCUAUUUCGUCGACUAAUAACUGAAGUCAAGCACUACCAGCGAGCACUUGCAGGGAAUAGACUUGCAUCAUGCUUACAACUGCCCUGGAAUGCUGCUUAGUACUCAUUCUGCAGCGUUCAGUCGACCGCUGGAAUCUAAUCCCAAUAAUGUAGGUGUCCAGCGCACGCCGCGACAGCUCCUCUACAUUGGUUACUUACUCAUUUUACUGACAAUAUUCACAGCCGCUGCUCCUCUGCUUUGCGCAUUACUCACACUUCUUCUCGGCUUCAGCUCUUCACUUUCCCUUUUCCAUUCCUUUUAUUCCCUGCCCUCCAGAAUCGAUAUCCUCCUGUUCCCCUUCACUUGCUUCUGUUGCUUCUUUCUCUCCUGCUGCUUGUGCACUACCGUACUCUCAACAUUUCCUCCACAUCACACUCCUCUAUCUUUGUUGAAAAAGAGUUUCCCCUCGUUGGAAAAAGACCCUCUGCUCACCUACUCUUGAAACAAUGUGUAGGACAUUGUGUGGACACUUUUAGC